CGAGGCACUCCAUCUUUCGUCACUUCUCUCGCCACUUCCUUGCUUUAUUCGAGUUUCUCUUCUCCACUCGUUUCGCAGGCACGUCCAAGGCUUCCUCUCAGGGCCGAUGUCGCACAGGUGUCUCCUGACCCUCCUCGCCCUUCACGCCGCUGCAGCCUGCCAGGAAGUCAACUUGACGGGGCAGACGCCUUUGCCGACCUCUGGAGGCGCUGACAGCGUGAGAGCGUUGGUGGGCGUCCGGCCGCAGGAGGGCGAAUGGGGAGCGCUGUUCCAGGUGGAGCGAGAAGACCGGGUCGUGGCCAAGAUCAGCAUCUCGCGCAGGGAAAGCAAAACGGGAAGUGAAAUUGCUUACAACGACCAUUUGAGAAUCCAGUGUGGAGACAAAACUCCUCAAGCAUUUGAUUCUCCCUGGCCGACAGCCUGGCUCUCCGAUGAAGUCAAGUCCCUCCUGUUCAAGGUAUCCGAUAAUCUCAUCGACGUUUUUCUAAUUGAAGGCUCUUCAAAAAUGCAUAUCGGAUCAGACGUAUGCAAAAUAAACCUGUCUAACGUCUCUUUCUCGGCCUCAAACCUCCCCCAUCUACCCGCGCCGACGUUCAGUCUUGGCUGCGCUGACGGAGAACUAAAGGAUGGUACAGAAGCAGAGUCAGGAAAGGAACCAACGAAAAGCCACCGCGCCCUCAUCGCCGGCCUGUGCGUGCUGCUGCCCCUCGCCGCGGCCAUCGCCACCUACGUAGUGUGGUUCAGAAGCAGGAGGUGCGGGAAGAGGUUUCACGGAGUCCUGGCAGUGAGGCUUUCGACGCUCCCGGCGGAUGACGAGGCCCUGCAGAACGCUACCGACGAAGGCCCGAGCGUGAGGCAGCGCCCCCCCAUCCCAUCCCCCCGGACGGUCUUCCUCGAGCGGCGACAGCUGCGUCUCUCGUCCUCCACCUCGACGUCGUCCUCGGUGCUUCCUCUCCUGUCUUCGUCUCCGCACUUGUGCUUCGACUCGCUCUCCUUGUCGUUCGCUGCCGACCUCCCCCCCGCGCCCGUCGAAGACCACUCCCUGGCCGCCCACUGCGCGCAGGAGAAGAGCCAGGAGAUAGUCACACUGAGGCGACGUCCGAGCGACGAGGAGGUCCACACCUACGAGAGAAUCACGUUCAUGGAUGAAUCUCUUUUCUAGUGGCACAAGACGCGGAAGGAGUAUAGCAGCAUCUCGAGUCCAUGAUCCUCCCGGUGGCAAUUGCAAACGCAAAGAUUAAACCAAGAAAUAAUUCAGAAACCCUGGAUACAACAUCGGCCAAAAAAAACACAGAAAAAACACAUUCAUGUCCUCUUGGUUAAGAACUAGCGCUCGACCAUGAUUUAGGACUCGGGGUAUCGUAGCACAGCCUCAGCAGCCCAGGAAAUUCUUCAUGAUUUAUGGGCUGAUAACUGUGGCUCUGGGUCCGGCGUUGAGGAGGUAUUGCGUGAAAAGUACGCGAUAAAUAUCUUCGAAAUAUGCGAGUAAAAAUAAUCGCACAUGAAACAACAUCCCUGAUUACUAAUGCACUGGCUGUUUAGAUGAAGCAGUGUUUCAGUCCGUAACAAAGGGAGAGACCAAAUAUAUAAUUUCUUCACACUAAUGGCCUGGAAGUAAAAGAGCCGUGAGAUAUAAAAUAAUGCACAUAACAAGUUCGCAUUUUCUCCAACUCGAGUGAAAUAUCAGUUCGAUUAUUUUUACUGCUACAUUUGCUUUGGCUGAUCCCUUGCAGCUGCCGAGAGCGCUACCCAUUUGCUUCUUUUUAAAAGGUGUAAAGAAUUACUCUAAGUGAUAUUGAUUUCAUGAAAUUAUAUAUUUAUAUGUAUUAGUUCCCAUUAAUGGUUAACUGAAUUUUGAUUAAUAAAUAGCAGAAGAAGAAAUAUGAAGUGAGCCAUUAUGACGCAUUUUCACGUUUAAGCAACCCUGAUUGCAAUAUUUAUGAAUCUUAAUGCAUGCAAUGGAAACUAACCAUCAAGCAUUUGUAAUAAAUCUUCUGUCCAACAUGGUAUAUUACCAUUUGAUAUUUUGAGGAAUGUCACUUGCAUGUACAUCAGGUCAGUGCUGCCUUGUUCCCUAUUGGAAGAAUAAUGUUAUGAUUACCUAUUAAUUACGAUAAAUAAUUUAGGACUUAAAGUUUACGCUUUGCACGUUUCAGCAGUUUCACAAAUUAGGUCUCUAGCAUUGCUUUUACAUUUUGCUAAAUAAAUCUAUUGGCUAAAGAAGUCAACCUCUUA